AUGAUUAACAAGCAUUUCUUUGAAAUUGUGUUAGUGCUGUUGGCCUCUUCUACUCUUUUCUCCCUCGGAUUGAAACUGGCUCUCAUCCAACAAAGAGUAAACAGAGAGAGUUUAAAACUCUGGAAUAAAUUGCAAAAAUCAUCAAUUCAGCAGUGUCUAGCACAGAGGACAAACUUCCUACUUCCCCAGCAGUCUAUGAAUCAUCACUGGUACCAGAGAGGACAAGCACUGGCCAUUCUUCAUGAGAUGCUUCUGCAGAUCUUCAACCUCUUCAGGGCAGAUAUUUCUCUGGAUGGUUGGGAGAAAAGCCACAUGGAGAAUUUCCUCACUGAACUUCAUCAACAGCUGGAAUACCUAGAAAUGCUUAAAGGCCUGGAAGCAGAGCAGAAAAGUGGCAUUCUGAGUGGUGAGAACCCUAGGUUGCAGGUUAAAAUGUACUUCUGGAGGAUCCAUGAUUACCUGGAAAACCAGGAGUACAGCCGCUGCGCCUGGACCAUUGUUCGAGUAGAAAUCAACCGGUGUCUGUUCUUUGCCUUCCAACUGAUAAGAAAGCUAAGAAAACAAGAAAUGGAUUCCUUGAAGAAUGUAGAGCAAGAGCCAACUGCAGGCUUUAAAAGCAUAGGGUAG